UAUAUAAUUUAUUUAAAAAUUAUUUAAUUAUAGUUAAUGAACUAUUGUGAAAUUUAAUAAUUGUUGAAUAUUCUAUUAUAAUAUGUUACUGAAUAAAGUGAAAUUAAUAAUGUGUUUUAUUCAAAUAAUCCACCAAUCGAUUUGUGUUGAUCUAAAUAAUAUCACACACGAGGACGUAAAAACUCUUGAAAUGGAAUACCCAAAUAUUAUGCGAGUCAUUCUUAAAUAUCAUCCUUAUUAUAUAAAACAAAUCAAUGGAAUAAAGUAUUGUCCAUUACCUUGGAGUCACACAUUAAAUAAUGAAGAAGUUGCUUAUGAAGGUAUAGAAAUAAUAAAUAAAACAUUGAUAGAAGUGGUGAAUAACUGUGUGGCAUAUAAAAAAUAUAUUUUGGGUUAUGCGAUCAUAUUGAACGCUAUUGAAAGUAUGGGCUUUACAUACAUGUAUCGGUUCUGCGAGUUUGCAAUAGAAAUUAAUAAAAAAGGUGCUCCAAUAACAGAUUACUUAGAAGAUUUUGGUAGAAUUCUUGCUAAGCUUGUUCCGAUACUAAAUAGAGAAAUAAUUUCUACUGAAUCGUAUGAAUGUAUUUUAAAUGUUUACAAAAUACAUGAAAACAAAUAUAAUAAUGUAGACGAAGACUACAGAAAUGACUUACUUACGUGCAUGAAUUUAAUAAAUGAUAAAGUGCACUUUUUAACGGAACCUUACAAAGAAUCAAUGAAUAAUAUGUCUAUAAACCAAUUAAAAGCUACACAUAUAUAUAAUAAUGGAAUUAUUCAUGAUCUAUUGAUAUUAAAGAUAGAUUUUCCUUCUUUCAAACAUUUAACUGGAGAUGAAAAUCAAACCUCUUGUACUAUAUGUAAGAAAAACAUUGGUAUGUUUUCGGAAAUUCACAUUUUUUUACCAUGUGGACAUGGCUGGUGCUGUAGAUAUUGUUUUCAAUUAAUGACAAAGUGCCCUGAUUGUCAUCAAGAGAUUACAUGUACUCAAGAUAUUCAUAUACAAAUUCCUACGAAAAUAAUUGGAAAAGGGUAUAGGAAUUUAUGGCCAAGAUGUGUCUUAGAUGGACGAGAAGCGCGAUGUAUAGAAUGUCGCAGUCAAAUAAAAGAUGUAAAUCCUUCAAACAGACACGUAAUGAGACCAUGUGGUCAUGGUUGGUAUUGCAAUAAUUGCAUUUCAAUAAAAAAUUGUUCAGCUUGUGACUGGAAUACUACAAGUACAUUGUGUGUAAAUUUAUAGAACAAUGAAAAAAUCUAUAAAGUUAUUUUUUUAAUUUAUAUUAUAUUAAUUUAUUUGAAACUAUUUUUGUUUUUUAAAUAUACAACAAAUUUUUACAUCAAUUUUAUCUAAAGAUAUUCAAAAUUAUUCAUUAUGAAAACAUGAUUUAAUUACUGGGCCAUUCAUUACUACUUUAUGCUUGCUAGUGGAUAUUAUUCUCACAAUGUACUAUAUUGUCUGUUCAUAAUAUUACAGUUUUAGUAAUUUAAUAUUUUAAAGUAAUAGCUGGAGUUAAGAUUCGGGUAAUGGUAUUUUUAUGACUAGUCAUUUCUUGGUUGCAUUCUUACUCCCGUCGAUUGAUUGUCAAAUGAUUUGGCCAUGAGAGAUGAUAAAUCCUUUAUGUUAAAUAUCAUCAUGAUAACUGUAUCCCUAGAGCUUUUUUAUUUAGAUUGUUUAUUUAUACUACCUUCAAAAUAGUCUUAAUAAAAACCAAAAAUUUGGUUUUAUAACACUAUAAAAAUGCUUUUUAUGUGACUGACUUUUAUUUAUUAGUGUUAUUCGUCAUUACUAUUUUAAUAUUAUGUAGUAACG